AUGUCCCUCAAACUACCACAAUCGUUCUCUCUGGGAGGCCCUGAUCAACUGGUGCUUGUUACCGAGGAACCUACCUACUACGUGCUCAAACUAAACAGCCCGCCCGACAACCGACUCACGCCCGAGCUGCUGACCGCCUGGAUCGAGGCCAUGGAGGCCCUGGCUCUGUACGCCGAAGAGCCCAAGCCUCUGGUCAUUACCUCGGCCAUGCCCAAGUACUUUUCUAACGGCCUGGAUCUCGAAGCCACCGCCAACGUCGACAACUUCACUCGUGACUUCUACUACCCGCUCAUCAAAACGCUGCUGAACUUUCCCUGGCCCACCAUUGGCUUUCUGAACGGGCACACGUUCGCCGGAGCCUUUGUGGUUGCCGGCUUCUUUGAUUUCCGAGUCAUGAACCCUGACAGAGGAUACCUGUGCAUGAACGAGAUUGAAUUCGACGCACCAAUCAUGGGCGGAGGAAUGGUUGUGUUUACCAAGCUGUACGGCCGUGCAGUGGCCCAGAGAAUCACCAUGUUGGCCGAACGGUUCCCAGCACAAAAGGCCCUGGAAGCCGGAAUCAUUCACGCAAAGGGAAUGUGGCCUGAGGUGGAACAGAUGGUCAAAAAGGUGUCCCAUGUUUCCGGAAAGAAGUUCUACAGUCUUAUCAGAAAGGAGGUCAUGAAGGACAUUAUUGAAGCUCUGCAGGACUCGGAUCAUCAAUUGUUCCUAGACGCUCUAAUGGGAGAUCAUAUUGAUCCUAAGAUUGAAGAAGAGCAGAGAAAGCGCCUAGAUCCGAAGAUCAAAGCUCUUCUUUAG